AGUGGGAGUGGAGUGAGUCGCUCAGUCUCGGCAGCAGCUCAUCCAUUCCGUGCGGCAACUCCCCGCUCGGCUCCGCGCGUCCUCCGUCCGUGCGCCACCGACCGACCAACCGACCCGAGCCCCGACCGACGCACGGACCCCCCGGACCCCCCAAAAGCGGCUCCUAAACCAGCCGCGCACCGGGUCGGAACCUCGGAAACCCUCCCCGCAACAGCCUCCCACAGACACGCGGGACGCCAGGAAGGAAGGAAGGGGCUUUUUUUUCCGAGGACGGCGUGGUUUUUCUCCGCUGAGCCAACAUGGCGCUGCUGCGCGGCUGCGCGGCGAGCUGAGCUCGUUCCUGCGCGGAUCCGCGGACCCGACCGACCGACGGACCCACGGACCGACGGACCAGACGGGGCCACCUGUACCGCCUUCCGUCCCCCCGGAGCUCGGAUCUCCAGCCUCGGGGCCCCCCCCGGAACCCCGGACCCCCCGGACCCCGCAGGACCUUUAUUAGGAUUUUUAUUCUCGGAGUCCCGGCGCCGCCGCGGCGUCCGCGUCUUUUCUUUAUUUCUUUUUCUCCGCGGCUCAAGCAGGAUCUUUCUUUUUUUUUUUUUUUGUUGCCGUAUGGAAACCCGUGACAUCUCUGCUCCACAAAGUCCGUGUUGUGCGAGAUUCGAAAGGAUCCAGGGGAAAAAAGGAGCCGCGGGACAAUAGAAUCCACGCCGCGAGGCUCCGGGGGAGCCACAUUUCUCUGAUUUUCGUGACAAGUGGAUAACCUGUUAGACACUUUUUCUUGUUUUUUUUUUGUGUUUUUUUUAAACCCCCACCCCCACUUUGGCCGGGAUAUCGUCUGUCUCACGCAGACGGGACCGUGGCUCCGUCCACGCAGCAGUCACGCACGGAUCUGCUCGUUAACUUGGCAAAAACAGGAAAAAGAGGCGUGAGAGACGCGGCUGGAACUUCCACCGAUUCCCGGGGCAACAUCUGUUCGUGAUGUCGAUGCUGAGGCAGAAACGAACCUGGAACUAAGACAAGGAACCCACGUCACAGCAAACAUGGUGGAUGCGAGGCUGACGCCCCUGGCGGCGAUGGGCCUGGACCGCGGCGCGCUGCUCCACGACGGGCUCCGGCUCCACGGGGGCGUGGUGUACCCGGGGAUCCGGGCGCUGCCGGCCGACAAGAGCCGCGACGGGCCGGGCCUGCCGCUGGGCUACGGCCGGGACGGCCUCCCGGAACUCAUCUACAAGCCCGACGGCCUGGACGGACACAAGGCCUCCAACGGCUACGUGGGGCUCUACAAGGGGGCGCACCCGGGCCUGCACAAGCCCGUGCUGGUGCCGGGCGGCGAGCUGGGCCUGGAGCGCCGGGACAAGGCGUCGGAGCUGGGCCUGGCCGGCGCCGGCGGCGGCUACCUGCGGAUGCCGUGGCUGAGCCCGUACCCCGACGCCGGCAUGUACCCCUUCAUGGACUCGUCCAAGUACGCGGCGCUGAACAUGUACAAGGCGUCGCUGCUGGGGCAGCCGCACCCGUACCUGCCGCAGCACCUGCCCUACCCGCCCCUGUGCGCCGCGCAGGGCGCUAACGCCGCCGCCGCCGCGGCCGCCGUCUCCGCCGCCGAGCGGCUCUACUACAUGUCGCCCUACGCGCCGCCGCCCAUGGUGGCCCCGCCCAUGAGAAUCCCCGCCGUCACGGUGGCCCCGGUGGGGGCCUCUCCGUUUGCACAGCAGCUGCACCAGCCGCCGCCCCCGCACCCGCAGCACCACCCGGCCCCGCUGGACCGGGACCGGUCCCCGAGCAGGACCAGCCGGUCCAGCCGGCCCCCCUCCAGGAAGGGCAACAGCAACGGCACGGGCGGUAACAGCCUGCCCCCCCCGGGGCCCCCCCAGCUGGACAAGGCCCUGGACCUGCAGAGGCCGGUGGCGCGGAUCGGCCAGCCCGCCGCCCCCUCCGUGUCCGAGGCCUCGUCCCUCCCCCACCCCUUCUCCGUGAGCAGCAUGGCGUCGGAGCAGGCCUCCCCGGCCCGGCCCGCCCCCCCCAAGCCCCGGUCCCGGGACGGGGGGGCCGAAAAGGGCCGCAGCAGGUCCCCCCCACCGAAGGGGGCCAAAGACUCGGCGGAGACGCCGCUGGACUUGUCCGGCAGGAUGCUGGAGUUCGGGGGGCCGCCGCCGGCCAACGGGUUCCAGAUGGAGAACCUGGCGCCGGGCCCCCGAUACGGACUCCCCGGCAGCCGGGACCCGAAGGAGAACCGGUCCCUGUCGCCCCCGCCGCACCCGCACCCCCACCCCGCCGUCAGCAGCACUUCCUCCAAGGCCUCGGAGAGGCCCGAGAUGAUCAGCACUUUACACUCGUCCUGGGUCGUGCCGAGCCCGUCCCCCUCGCAGCACGCCGCCGGGCCCCCGCCCUCGCCGCGGCCCGGCGCCGACCCCAAGCCCAAGGGCUCGUCGCCCUCCGUCAUCAAGAACAAGGACCUGGAGCGGGUUCUGCACCAGCAGCGCAGCUCGUCCUGCCCGCGCAUCGGCGAGGCCAGCCACGGCGGCGACGCCCCCAGCCAGCACUCGGGCUCCUCCCUGGGGGGCACCAGGGGCCUGUCCCCCAAACCCGGCUCCGACUGGGUCAAACACAGCCCCACGCCGCCGGAGCACCACCGGGAGGUGCCCAAGCGGGCCGACGCCGCCCCGGACGUGUCGUCGUACAAGCGGCCGUGCCUGGAGAACGGCCACGCCCCCGGCCACGCCCCCGGCCACCUGUACCUGUCCCAGAGCGAGGCGUACCUGAACCACAGCCUGGCCUACGCCAGCCGCUACCUGCACUACCCGCUCCCCGACGGCAUGGCGCUGCACCCGGUGCCCAUGUCGCGCCCCCACCCGGCGCUGCUGGGCAGCACCGGCCUGUACCCGCCCCACCUGGGGGCCAAGCACCCGCUCUCCUACCACAACCUGCCCCCCGGCCCGGGCGGGCAGGACUACCUCACCUACAACUCGCAGGAGAUGGCCCACCCGCUGAUGCACGCGCUGCCCGACGCCAAGGACAAGGCCCGGGUCCCGGACAAGCCCCAGGAUUCUGGGGAGGCGGGGCCACAGGGACAGAGCCACAGCAGAAGCUCCGCCUCCUCCAUCGUCUGCAUCGACCUGGUUCACUCCGACACGGACGUGGACCCCGCCCCCCCGGGGCACCGCCACCCCCCCGCAGAGGCCGGCGCCGCCCACGGCAACCCGGCCAAGGCCGAGCACGACCCCCAGAACCACCCGUACCCGCCGCCGCUGAGGCCCCCGCACCACGACAGGCCGCCAGAGCUGACGGCGGUGGACCGGACUCCCCCCCGGGACAGGCCGGGGUCGCCCCCGUCGUCCCCGGGGCCGGUCUCCGACGGCGACGACAGCUCGGACGAGCAGAGCUCGGGUCCCGAGGACCAGAGCACGCUGCGCUGCGCCCGGACCUCCGGGGAGCGCAGCGCCGGCAAGGACCGGCCCCCGGUGGCCCCGCGGCCCCCGCACCACCACCACCACCACCAGGGCGGCGCCACAGGGGGGCCGGCGGACGACCCGGAGGACCCGGAGACGCUCUGCAAGCACGAGUCUGAGCGCGAGGACAGCAUCGUGGACCUGGGCGAGUCCCAGGGCGAGGAGGACGACGAGGGGGGGCCCCUGUCGGCCCGCGGGGCCCGCAGGUCCAGCCUCGCCAAGCGCAUCGCCAACUCCUCCGGCUUCGUGGGCGACCGCUUCAAGUGCGUGACCACCGAGCUGUACGCCGACUCCAGCCAGCUGAGCCGCGAGCAGCGAGCGCUGCAGAUGGAAGUCAUAUCACGAGAGGGGAGUAAUAUAAGCCAACCUGCAGCUAACUGGGAGCGGGCGAUGAUGCGGUUCUCGGAGCUGGAGCUGAAGGAGAAGGAGAGCGGCGGUGGCGGCGUUAGCGGCGGCGGCGUGGUGUGUGUGUCUGCAGCCUCGGCGGCAGCAGCAGGACGGGAGCUGGCCGACGGCCAGCGCAGAGAGCAAACGCUGGAGCUCUGCCAACACGGCACCAGGCAGCCGGAGAGGGAGGGUAUCAGACCGGCCUACACCAGUAACCGGGUCCCGGUGCUGCAGCGCUGCGGGGCCCAGCGGGACCCCCCGUCCCCGGGCCUGGAUGGAUCCAGGAUCCCCCCCCCUCAGGACGGGCCCGGCCUGGAGGAGGAGAACCCCGGGUUCAGGAAACGCCCCCUGGUGGUGAAGGCGGAGCCCGAGGACCCGGAGGACGAGGACGAGGAUGAUGGGCGGGGGGGCCGCCCCGAGAAGAGGCCCCGGCUUUCUCCCGAUCCGCCCAGCGCCGACGAGGACGACGAUGACGAGGAGGUCCGGAAGCUGAAGGUCUGCAUCGAGCUGACGGGCCUGAGACUCAGCAAGCCGGCGGCCGGCGCCGCCGACGACCCGCAGCUGAAGCUGGAGCGGGCCUGGCCCCAGAACCAGACCCCGGGCCAGAACCCGGGCCAGCGUAAGCCCCGGCCGGGCCAGCAGCCGGACGAGCGCGUAGCGGCGGCGGCGGCUCAGCGGAGCGACGUCAACAGGAAGUGGGGCUGCGAGAAGCUGCUCAACGGAGUGGCGGCCUUGGCCCCGCCCCCCGGCCCGCCCAAGGACAGGCCCCUCCCCCUCCACCCCCCCCACCCCUUCUCCCGCCGGGGCCCCCCCUCCCCGGAGGCCCCCGCCCUCAAGCCCCGUCGCCACGGCGACGCCGACAAGCCCAAGGGCAAGCGGCCCUGCAAGACCAAACACACCGGCCAGCGGGAGCGGGAGCGGAGACGGGAGGCGGCGCCCGCCGGCGCCGACCCGGGACAGAACCAGGACGACAAGCUGUGUGAGCGCGGCCCCCCCAGGAAGAGGCCGUCCCCCCCCCCACCAGGUCUCCCCGGCGGAGCCCCGGUCCCCCCGGUCCCCCCGGUCCCCCCCGGUCCCCGCCCCUGCACCCCCCGGUGCUGCAGCCGGUGCCCCCCCCCAGACCACCGGGCCCCCCCAGCAGAACCCGGGCCCCUGCGGCCCAUUCCCCCCGAGGCCCGGAGACUCAUCGUCAACAAGAACGCUGGAGAAACGCUGCUGCAGCGGGCGGCGCGGCUCGGAUACGAGGAGGUGGUCCUGUACUGCCUGGAGAACCGGGUGUGUGAGGUGAACCACCGGGACUACGCGGGCUACGCGGCGCUGCACGAGGCUUGCGCCCGCGGCUGGAUCUCCAUCGUGCAGCAUCUGCUGGAGUUCGGAGCCGACAUCAACUGCAGCGCCCAGGACGGUACCAGGCCGAUCCACGACGCCGUGGAGAACGACCACCUGGACGUGGUGCGGGUUCUGCUCUCGUACGGCGCCGACCCGACGCUGGCCACGUACUCAGGCCGGGGGCUGCUGAAGAUGACGCACAGCGACGGCAUGGAGCGCUUCCUCGCAGAUUACUUCUCCGACCUCCAGGGCCGCGGUGACGACGACCCGGCGAUCUACUGGGAGUUCUACGGCAGCGCCGUGUGCGAGUCCGGCGAGGACGGCGGCCUCUACGACAUCCUGGCCGACGCCCCCGGCCCCGACGACGAGGACGAGGACGACAAGAGGGAACUGUUCGAGUUCGAGUUCUCGGACCGGCCGCUGCUGCCGUGCUACAACAUCCAGGUGUCGCUGCCGCAGGGGCCUAAGAACUGGCUGCUCCUCUCCGACGUGCUGCGGCGUCUCCGCAUGUCUGCGCGCGGGUUCCGGCAGGCGUUCCCGCACAUGGAGGUGGUGACGGUGGCCGAGGCCGAGUUCUACCGGCAGGCGUCGCUGUCGCAGCUCUUCUCCUGCCCCGAGGAGCUGGAGGGCUUCACGCCCGACAGCAAGGAGCUGCUGGACCUGGUGGAGGACAGCGCCGAGCUGGCCGCGCUGCUGGGCUCCACGCUGGAGUGCCUGGACGACCGCUGGGACCGGCCCGGGGACCGGCUAGCCGAGCGGCUAGCGGAGAGGCUGGGGGACCGCUGGGACCGGCAUAACGACCGGAUAACCGACCGGCACAAUGACCGGCUAAACGACCGGCUAGGGGAGAGGCUUAACGACCGGAUAACCGACCGGAUAACGGAUCGGCCUGGGGAGAGGCUAGCGGACCGGCUAACGGAGAGGCUAACGGACCGGCCCGUGGACCGGCUAACGGACCGGCUCAAGCCCGUGGGCAGGCUGGCCUCCUCCUGACCCUUCGACCUGCUGAACUUUGACCUUUGACCUUGUUUUUCUCCCGACGGGAGUUUGCUUUAGAACCGACCGAGGUUACGACGACAUGCCUUAGCCCGAGCGCUAGCCGCUGUGCUCCGGCCCGAUUCCUGGCCCUGU